AUGCGCCUUGUAACGCGUAUCGGCGGGUCACUCGAAGGCGCGAAUUUGCCGGACGGCCCGCCGCCUUUCCGGUUCUACUCCCUGUGGCUUCCGCCUCGUCUCGCGCAGCGGAAUGGCACGGAGGGUCCGCCUGUUCCCGCGCAGCUGCAGCAUGACGCGGCGGUUCCGCCGGUUCCACCCGUUCCGCCCGUUCCCGCAAAGGGAAAUGACGCGGAUCUUUUGCUUGAAGCCCCGCAAGCGGAACAGGUUUCGCGGGUCGGGGGAGAAGCGGUUAAGGAUGAGCAGGGGGAAGGGGGGAAGAAGCGGGAUGUGGUGGAAGCAGGGGGAUGCUGCGGGGAGGGCGGUGGGGAGGGCGGUGGGAAGCGCGCCGGGGAGGGGCUAUGGGGCGGUGAGUCAGAGGGAGCGGUGAUGGGGGGGGUCGGUGGUGGGAUGGGGGGUUGUCGUGUGGGGGUUUGCGGGUUACAGGGAGGACGGGAAUGGGCAAGAGAGUUACAUGCAAGGGGGAAAGAGGUGGGGGAAGGCCACGAUGUGGGGAUGGGGAUAGAGAUUGGGGAAGGGGGAUAUGUGGGGCUGGGGAACGAGGUGCGGGAGGGGGAAGAGGUGCGGAAGGGGGAAGAGGUGCGGGAGGGGGAAGAGGUGCGGGAGGGGGAAGAGGUAAAUGAAGAUGGGGAUGGGGAGGAGUAUGAAGUGGUGUCUGUGGAGGAGUGUGUAGGGGAGUGUGGGGUGGAGCGUGUGGGGGGGUUGCCGGCUCUAGUGGCUUUCAAGUCAACUAGAAAACUACCCCUCGGCCUUCCACUCUUCCCGUCUGCCCCUGCUGUGUUUCCCCGUCUUUCCCCCUCGUCCCCUCUCUCCUGUCCCCCACUCCCCGUUCCGCUGCAAAGGACGGUUCUGUGUUGGCAUGUGAACAGCCAGGCGGCAUUCAUUCAGUUUCCCCUCUUGCCGCCUGCACCUCUUAUUGCCUGCCCCUCUUACCGCCGGCCCCGUUGCCCGUUCUGCAGCGAAGGCCGCCCACACCAAUACCCUUGCUCCCUCUAUCCCUCUCCCUGCCCCCGCAAUCACCAGUACCCAUGCUCUCACCAUCCCUCUCCCUGCCCCCGCAAUCACCAAUACCCAUGCUCUCUCUAUCCCUCUCCCUGCCUCCGCAAUCGCCAGUACCCAUGCCCUCAUCCCCACUGCUCUUGGACAUUCAAGCGCCGAUAUAACAUGGUGCGGCAUGCAAGGACGGUGCAUAGGGGGCAGGGAGGGAUUGGCGAAAUGGUACGGCAUGCGAGGAAGCAGCAUUGGGGGGUGAUGGGGAGUGGGGGGGGCGGGGUGAUUGGUGUGUUUGGCAAGGGGAGCGGGUGCGGAGUAAGGGGUGUGCGUUGGGGGAAGCGGGGGAAGAGGGCGCAUGGGGUAGCAGUGGGGAGGCGAGGAGGCGAGAAUAGGGCUGAUGCUGUGAGUGGGGAAGAGGGAAGGAAGGGGGAGGAGAAGGACGAAGAGGGAAGGUGGGAGGAGGAGCGGGAAGAUGAGGGAAGGAGAGGGGAGGAGAGGGACGAGGAGGAAAGAAGGGUGGAGGAGAGGGACGAGGAGGAAAGAAGGGUGGAGGAGAGGGGCGAAGAGGAGAGGGGGGAGGAGGAAAGCAACGAAGAGGCUUUCAGAAAGAAAGGCGAGCAUGGAGGUGAGAGGCAAUCAACUUAUGUGAGUGGAGAAGAGGGAAGGAGCAGGGAGGAGAGGGAAGAAGAGGGAAAGAGAGGGGCGGAGAUGGAUGGAGAGGGGGAAGUACCCCUGUCGCUUUCUCUCACAGAGGGAAGGGGAGGGGAGGAAAGGGAUGAAGAGGGAAGGGGAGAGAUGGAUGAAGAGGGAAGGGGAGGGGAGGAGAUGGAUGCAGCGGGGGACAUACUCCUGUCACUACCUGUGCAGGAGGAAAGAUGGGAGGAGGAGAGAAACGAAGAGGGUCCUAGGGAGAAAGGGGAACAUGGAGGGGAGAAUGAAGCGAGUGCUGUGAGUGGGGAAGAGGGGAGGAAGGGGGGGGAGAGGGAUGAAGGGGGAGGGGGAGGGGAGGAGAUGGAUGCAGAGAAAGAAGUACCCCUGUCACUUCCUGUGCGGGAAGAAAGGCGGGAGAUGGAAAGGUGGGAGGAGGAAAGGUGGGAGGAGAAAAGGAACGAAGAGGCUACUAGGGAGAAAGGGGAGCAUGGAGAGGAGAAGGAAGCGAGUGCUGUGAGGGGGGAAGAGGCAAGGAGGGGGGAGGAGAGGGAUGAAGAGGGAGUGAAGGGGAUCGACAAGGGUGAGGAGGGAAGGAUUGGGGAGGAGAGGGAAGAGGAGGGAAGGAAGGGGGAGGAGAAGGGCGAAGAGGGAAGGACAGGGGAGGAGAGGGACAAAGGGGCUUACAGGGAAGAAGGGAAGCAUGGAGGUGAGACAGAAAUGACUGACGUGAGUGGGAAAGAGGAAAGGAGAAGGGAGAAUAGGGAUGAAGAGGGAGGGUGGGAGGAGGAGGGGGAUGAAGAGGAGAGGAAGGGGGGGGGCAAUGUGGAGAAGGCAAUGUGGCAGUUGCAAGAAAAGGGGAUCGCAGUUGGAGGAGGGAGAGGGGAGGGGGGAGCUGAUGCAGUGAGGACAGACGAGGAGAUAGGAGCGCAUCCGGUCCUUUUCAGGGAAGACGGUGUGGUGGGUUUUGCAAUGAACCAGCUUCAGGUAGAUGGUGCCGCGGUUGGAAGAGGGAGAAAGGAGGGGAAAGGCGAUGCUGUGAGGGAAGAUGAGAAGGAAGGAGCUCAUUUGGUUUCUGUGGGGGGGAGAUGGGGGGAGAGCGGUGUGGAAAUGACAGUGGUCUGGCUUCAAGGGGAGAGUGGGGAGGGGAGGGAAGAGGAGGGAACCAAUGCUGUGAGGGAAGACGAGGAGCGAGCACCGCUUCCCGUCCGUCCCGAGGGGGAGGGCUGCAUGGGAAGUGGGGAAUUGAAUCAGUGUGAGAAAGAGGAAGAGGAGGAUGCGUGUGAGGAAGAUGGUCCAGAUGGAAUGGGGAAAGAGGAGGAAGUUGGGGAGGAGGCGGGGGAGGAAGUGAUGGAAGAUUUGGGGUUGGGAGAAAGUGGGGGGUUGGGAGAAGGUAGUUUGGCUGGAGAAGCUGAGGGGCUGGUGGAAGAAAGGACGGCGGGGAUAUGUGGGGAGAGAGGUAACGAUUGGAGGGGGCAAGAAGAGGGUAGAGAAGAAUCAGAGGAGGAGGGGGGUAGGGCAGAGGAUAGAGGAGGAUGGGAGAGGGCAUAUGAAGGAGGAGGAGGGGCGAUGGAAGAGGAAAAGGGAGGAGGGAAGGGGAAAGAGGAAGGGGGAGUAAGAGACAGGGCAGAGGAAAGAGGGAAGUGGGAGAGGGAAAGAGAGGACAUGGAUGGAAGGAAGGAGGAAGAUGCGGCGGGUGAGCAAGAGCAAGAGGAGGUGCAACAAGAGGGAGUGGGGCAAGAGGAGGAGGAGCAAGAGGGAGUGGGGCAAGAGGAGGAGGAGCAAGAGGGAGUGGGGCAAGAGGAGGAGGAGCAAGAGGGAGUGGGGCAAGAGGAGGAGAAACAAGAGGGAGUGGGGCAAGAGGAGGAGAAACAAGAGGGAGUGGGGCAAGAGGAGGAGAAACAAGAGGGAGUGGGGCAAGAGGAGGAGGAGCAAGAGGGAGUGGGGCAAGAGGAGGAGGAGCAAGAGGGAGUGGGGCAAGAGGAGGAGAAACAAGAGGGAGUGGGGCAAGAGGAGGAGAUACAAGAGGGAGUGGGGCAAGAGAAGGAGAAACAAGAGGGAGUGGGGCAAGAGGAGGAGAAACAAGAGGGAGUGGGGCAAGAGGAGGAGAAACAAGAGGGAGUGGGGCAAGAGGAGGAGGAGCAAGAGGGAGUGCAGCAACAGGAAGAGCAGGAAGAGGAGGUGCAACAAGAGGAGGAGCAACAGGAGGAGGAGAAACAAGAGGAGGAGGAGCAAUUGGAGGAGGAGAAAGAGAAGGAGGAGAAAGAGGAGCAGCAGCAAGAGGAGGAGGAGCAAGUGGAGGAGGAGAAAGGGAAGGAGGAGAAAGAGGAGCAGCAGCAAGAGGAAGAGGAGCAAGUGGAGGACGAGAAAGAGGAGGAGAAAGAGGAGGAGCAGCAAGAGGAAGAGGCGCAAGUGGAGGAGGAGAAAGAGGAGGAGGAGAAAGAGGAGGAGCAGCAAGAGGAGGAGGAGCAAGUGGAGGAGCACCAAAAGGCGCACAGAAGCAUGCAGGAAGGGAGAGGUUGCCGAUGCAAGCUGAGGAAACACCUGAAGGCAACAGAGGUGGGGCACCUGGAGCAAGAAAAAGAGAUUCUGGAGGAGGAAGAGAUUCACCUCAGGCAGAAGGAAGAGCACUUGAAGCAACAAAACGAGCACCUGAGGCAGCAGGAGGAGCACCUGAAGCGUAAGAGGCAGCAGUUGGAGCUUCAGAAUUCGCGGAACGCCCCCCCGCCUCUGCGACGCUACGCGCGGCGGUUCUCGCCUCGCCUGGCGCAGCGGAAUCGCGCGGAGCUUCCGCCUGUUCCUGCGCAGAGGCGGAAUGCGAGGGGGGUUGUGCCGGUUUGGCCCGUCCUGCACGGUCCGCCCGUUCCGCCUGUUCCCGCGCGGGGGGAUGGCGCGGAGGCUGCGGUUGAAGGCGCGCGGGCGGAAGAGGUUCCGCGGGUUGGGGGAGCAGCAGGGGAAGCUGGGCAGGGGGGAGGGGAAGAGGGGAGGGAUACGGUGGAAACAGGGGGAUGCCGCGGGGGAGGUGGCAGGAGGGGGUUAUGGGGUGGUGGGAGGGUGGGAGGAGUGCUGGCGGGUGAUGGUGGUGGGAUGGGGGAGGGUCGAAUGGGAGUUGGGGGAGAGGUGGGGGAAGAUGGGGAUGGGGAUGAGGGCAAUGUGGAGUGGGUAGGAGAGGACGAGGAGGGUGUUUGGGAAGUGACGUGGGGGAGAGCAGAGAUUUUGAUGUUCGUCUGUCCACAUGCCAACUGCCAAAAGGCUUUCGCAUUCAAGUACAAGUUGAAGGAUCAUCUUCUCCUUCACAACUCCAAUGCCCCCCAGGUGAGCUUCUCUCGCUCCUUCUCCUCCUUCCAAAUCCCAUUCCUCCCUCUUCCCCCCCCUCUCCCCCCUUCCUCUCCCCCCUCUGUCCCCUUCCUCUUCCCCCUCUCCCCCCUUCCUCUCCCACCCUCUGUCCCCUUCCUCUCCCCCCUCUCCCCCUUCCUCUCCCCCCUCUGUCCCCUUCCUCUCCCCCCUCUCCCCCCUUCCCCUACCCCCUUCUCCGUUUCCACAAGUUGA